CCUUCUGGCUUACAAUUAAGGGCAUCGAUGUUGGGGUAGCUUCAUUGGGUCCCAAUGCAGAUUUAAAGUCUACUGCUACUGUAAAUGCUAUUCUUAAGAAUACUACUUUUAAUGCGUCAAAGUUACAGAAAGCUGAAAAUGUUGCGUCCAGUUCGGGAAAGCCUACAGUCGAAAUUACAGUGCCUGAAGAUGUUAACGAUGUAUAUAAACAGGCACUUAAUGCAGUAAGGCAACCAAAGGUUGAUGAUGUAUCGAUUGCUACACCACAACAAAGAAAAGAAGAUUCUAGAAAAUCGUUUCGAACAAUGGUUGUGCUUCUUUGGAUUUUUAGCAAUGCAUUAUUAAUAAUCGCAGUCACAUAUGCUAGUGAUACAUCAAGAACGGAUAAAUAUAUGGCAAUUAUUCUUUGGUCUGUUGCUGGAUUGGCCGCCUUCAGAUUUCUUG